GGGCCCCGCCCCACCCCGCCUCGCCUCCCGCACCCGGCAGGUUCCCCACCCCGCGGCGCCGCCGGCCAGCUCCUCCUCGUCUCCGCCCCGCCGGCUGCGGGCGCGGGGGACGUCAGCGCUGCCAGCGUGGAAACCACCGCCGGGCGCGGGAGGCGGAAGUAGCGCCCGGGACUGCCGGGCCACUCACCGGACUCCGCCGGCCGCCUCAGCCAUGGACGCGUCCCUAGAGAAGAUAGCAGACCCUACAUUAGCUGAAAUGGGGAGAAACUUGAAGGAGGCAAUGAAGAUGCUGGAGGAGAGUCAGAGAAGAAUAGAGGAUGAAAAUGGGAAGAAGCUCAUGUCAGAGGAUAUUCCAGGGCCACUCCAGGGAAGUGGACAAGAUAUGGUGAGCAUCCUCCAGUUAGUUCAGAAUCUGAUGCACGGAGAUGAAGAUGAGGAGCCCCAGAGUACCCGAAUCCAGAAUAUAGGAGAACAAGGUCACAUGGCUUUGUUGGGACAUAGUCUGGGAGCUUUUAUUUCAACUCUGGACAAAGAGAAGCUGAGAAAACUUACAACUAGGAUACUUUCAGAUACUACCUUGUGGCUAUGCAGAAUUUUCAGGUAUGAAAAUGGUUGUGCUUAUUUCCAUGAGGAGGAAAGAGAAGGACUUGCAAAGAUCUGUAGGCUUGCCAUUCAUUCCCGAUAUGAAGACUUUGUGGUGGAUGGAUUCAACGUGUUGUAUAACAAAAAACCAGUUAUCUAUCUCAGUGCUGCUGCUAGACCUGGCCUGGGCCAGUACCUUUGUAAUCAGCUUGGCCUGCCCUUCCCCUGCUUGUGCCGUGUGCCCUGUAACACUAUGUUUGGAUCCCAGCAUCAGAUGGAUGUGGCCUUCCUGGAGAAAAUGAUUAAAGACGACAUAGAACGAGGAAGACUGCCCCUGCUGCUUGUUGCAAAUGCUGGAACUGCAGCAGUAGGCCACACAGACAAGAUUGGGCGUCUGAAAGAGCUCUGUGAGCAGUAUGGCAUCUGGCUUCACGUGGAAGGUGUGAAUCUGGCAACAUUGGCUCUGGGUUAUAUCUCCUCGUCAGUUCUGGCUGCAACCAGAUGUGACAGCAUGACGCUGACUCCUGGCCCAUGGCUGGGCCUGCCGGCUGUUCCCGCAGUCACACUCUACAAGCACGAUGACCCUGCCUUGAUAUUAGUUGCUGGUCUUACAUCAAAUAAGCCAGCAGACAAACUCCGUGCCCUGCCUCUGUGGUUAUCUUUACAAUACUUGGGACUUGAUGGAAUCGUGGAGAGGAUAAAGCAUGCCUGUCAACUGAGCCAACGGUUGCAGGAAAGUUUGAAGAAAGUGAACCACAUCAAAAUCUUGUGUCUUCCUACAAUGACUCUCUCAGAGAUUGCUCCCUCUAUCCUGGGACAAGGAAAUGAGAAAUUUAGCAACACUAACAUCCAAGAAUGUGUAUCAGCUCAGGUGGAAGAUGAGCUCAGUUCUCCAGUAGUGGUAUUCAGAUUUUUCCAGGAAUUACCAGACUCAGCUAGCCAUGUUUCUGGGAGUCAGUCCUGUGUUUUGGCCUCAGAUUCUGUUCUUAAAGCUGUCCCAGCACCCAACGUGGCACCUGCAACAGUCAGCCGGGAGAGACAUUCCUGUGAUGCCCUGAAUCGCUGGCUGGGAGAGCAACUGAAACAGCUGGUGCCUGCAAGUGGCCUCACUGUCAUGGACCUGGAAGUCGAGGGCACAUGUGUGCGGUUCAGCCCUUUGAUGACAGCUUCAGUUUUAGGAACUCGAGGAGAGGAUGUGGAUCAACUCGUAGCCUGCAUCCAAAGCAAAAUGCCAGUCCUGACCUGUACCCUGCAACUGCGAGAAGAGUUCAAACAGGAAGUAGAAGGGACAGCAGGUCUCCUGUAUGUUGAUGACCCCAACUGGCCUGGAAUCGGGGUUGUCAGGUAUGAACAUGCUAAUGAUGAUAAGAACAGUUUGAAAUCAGACCCAGAGGGGGAAAAUAUCCAUGCUGCACUCCUGAAAAAGUUAAAUGAACUGGAAUCUGACCUUACAUUUAAAAUGGGCCCUGAGUACAAAAGCAUGAAGAGCUGUAUCUACAUUGGCAUGGCAAGUGACGACACAGAUGUUUCCGAACUAGUGGAGACCAUUGCGGUCACCGCCCGGGAGAUUGAGGAGAACUCCAGGCUUCUAGAAAACAUGACGGAAGUCGUUCGGAAAGGAAUUCAGGAAGCUCAAGUCCAGCUGCAGAAGGCGAAUGAGGAGCGACUUCUGGAAGAGGGAGUAUUGCGGCAGAUACCUGUAGUAGGAUCCGUGCUGAACUGGUUUUCUCCGGUGCAAGCUUCACAAAAGGGAAGAACUUUUAACUUAACAGCAGGCUCUCUGGAGUCCACAGAACACACGUAUGUCUACAAAGUACAAGGGACAGGAGUGACCCCGCCUCCAACCCCCUCAGGCACGCGCAUCAAACAGAGACUUCCAGGCCAGAAGCCUUUCAAAAGGUCUCUGAGAAGUUCAGAUGCUGUGAGUGAGACCAGCUCUGUCAGUCACAUUGAAGACUUGGAAAAGAUGGAGCACCUAUCUAGUGGACCAGCGCAAAAUGCCCAAGAGACCCAUGGCCCUGAGCGACCCCCUGGGGAUUCCGUCCAGCCAACUGGCCAGCCCGAGGCCCUCCAAGACGGGGCCCAGCGCCCUGAAGAUGACCACCCACAGAUGAGAAAACCAGGGUCCAGAGAUCUAAGAUUUACCCAACCUGUAAAUUCUCACCUCUAGUAUUUGCUUAUCAUCUUGCUGCAACCAGAAAUCCACAUGUGGAAAUGGCAUCCAGGAAUACGGGCCUAUCUGAAGUUGCUCGGUCUUUGCAUCAUAAAUGCUAAUCAUCUAAAAGGGAACAGUUCAAGGAUAGGACAUCAGGAAUGUUACCCACCUCUCAAACCCUACCUUUAUCUGAGCUCCAGUGUAGUCUAGUUCAAAGGCACCCUUCCAGAUGAUAAGCUGCUUAAAAAUUGUGUUUCACAUAAUAACAAAGUUGCCACCUACUGAAUACUUCCGUGUGUUUGGUGCUGCACUUUGUGGGGAAGUGUAUAUAGUCGUUAGUUCUGACAGCAGUCCUAUGAGGAGAUGGCAUUCUUCCCAUUUUGGAUGAAAACGGGAGACGGGUAGCAAGUCCCAUGUCCAGUGAGCAUCAGAGCUGGUCCUCAAAACCAGGUGUGUCCAUCCAAAGUCUGUUCUCCCCAGGGCUGCGCAAAACUUGCUUUAUCGUUUACACCCCAAGCAACUGAUCACCUCUUAACUGAUGAAGCUCACAAAGCUUGAUGCCCCAUCAAAAGAAAGGAAACACCAACUUAUAAAAGCUAAUUCGUCAACAGCUGCAGCCUCUGAAUUCCCAAGAUUUGCCAAUGGUAAUUUUCAGCUUAAUCAACAAUAGUCAGUUUUGAUUACUGAAAUGUGUUCUGAAUAAUAACC